AACAGAAUCCUCAUGCCUCCUGACGAUGGCACAGUCCUUGACAACGCAGCACUAGCCGAUGAGCUUGAAGCUUUGAACUCCAUAUACGAGUCCGACACACUAACUGUGAGGGAUCAUCGUUCAGACGUGGCCACUUCAAUCCUGCGACUCCCCGAACUACCUUUUUCGUUCCUCGUUUCAUUCCCUCGAGACUAUCCUGAUGUCCCGCCGGUCAUUAUUGGGACAGAAUCCACCGGCGGUAGUGGCAAAGGAGAAGGGGAGAUAGCGGUGAACAUUCUACGAGACGUACUGGGAAGAACUUGGGUCCCCGGGCAAGUCUGCUUAUUUGACUUGGUUGAGGAGACUGGGCCACUGUUGCAACAGCAACACGGACAACACAUCCAUGGCGCGACUGAAGAUAACACCCAGGAUGCUUCGGAUAGGUCGGCGGUCCCCGGUCACGAUGAGAGACAUGAGUCUGAUCUGACUCCUGAUGCAGCAUCUUUAAUGGAUCCCCCUCCCUGGACGAUGUCAGACCCCAUGGUGGUCAGCAAGUCGACUUUUGUUGCUCGAGUCUGCCGUGUGUCGUCAUUGGAUGAGGCGCAGAACUCCAUCUCGCACCUCCUAUCAACCAACAAGAAAGUAGCGACUGCGACACAUAAUAUUCAAGCCUGGCGCAUUCAGCAUGCCAAUUCCUCAAGUGGUCUUACAAGCACGAUCCAAGACUGCGACGAUGAUGGUGAGACGGCAGCAGGAGGGAGAUUAUUACAUCUUCUCCAGCUCAUGGAUGUCUGGAAUGUCGUGGUGGUUGUAACUCGGUGGUAUGGAGGGGUGAAAUUAGGGCCCGACCGUUUUCGACUGAUCAAUUCAGUUGCACGAGAAGCUCUAGUGAAAGGGGGGUUUGUAAAAGAAGAAGGAGACAAGCCCAAGGGCAAAGGGAAGAAUAAGAAGUGAAUCGGAUCUCGUUGAGAGCAUUAGCAAUGUGUCUCAAAAAGGUCUGAAGCUGGCCUUAUACAUAAAUCAUAUACUUGAUGUUGGUCCUGAA